GUAGGAGGUUUCCGCGUCCCGCCUGGCACGAUGCUGUUGGUAAACGCGUGGGCCAUACAAAACGAUCCUCAACUGUGGGACGAACCGGAUAAAUUCAAACCGGAGAGGUUCUUAGGGCCGGAAGAUGAGAGGGAUAGGUUCAAGUUUUUUCCUUUUGGGGCUGGGCGGCGGAGGUGCCCCGGCGAAGGUUUGGCCGUGCGGGUGGUUCCCUUGGCGACAGGAUCACUGAUUCAGUGCUUUGACUGGGAGAGAGAAAGUGAGAAGAUGGUGGAUAUGAGCGAAGGACCUGGGCUUUCUAUGCCCAAGGCUCGGCCCUUAAUUGCAAAGUAUAGGCCCCGCCCAGCCCUGAUGAACCUGCUAUCCGAGCUUCAAUAAUAGUUUUUUUUUUUUGGGGGGGGGUUGGUGUGGUAUGGACAUUGUGUAGCAACAGUAACACCCUGCUGCGGAAUAUUUAGUUUGUCUUGUGUAGGGUACGUUUCUUUUAAACAAUGAUAGAAGAAUAAGUCCUUGCUAUUAGG